AUGGCAAGAACCAAGCAUGGAAGACUCGUCAAACCAUCAGGCUGGUCAAGGUUGAACGACGAUAAUCUGACGCCAAUGGCAUCUGUCGAGCGCCUCGACGAUAUUCCUCUGUCGACUUUGAAAAGGACCGAGGCAGGGUCGAUUGCUACCGAGUCUCGGACCGGAAUGCAUGGUUCGUGGAGUCUUUUCCAGGGCGAAAUUGGCAGAAGUGUUUGCUCUACGCCACUGGUGUCCGCUACAGACGGGGGGAAACCAUCUUUCACCAAACGAGGUUGUGGAUGGGGUCGUGGAAGACUCUGGCUUCGCCUGCUUCGACUAGCCAUGAGCUCGGUGAGGAUUGGUAUCAUUAUUUAUACCAUUUUCUUGCCUGCAAUAAGUAUAGUAUUCGACAUGACCUAUUCUGCAGCACUCUUGGUAUGGGACAUUAUAUACCUGAUAGACGCUCGCUGGACGGGGGCCUUUCAGCUCAGCUUUGAGAUCAAGACGUUUGUCGAAGUUGCGGCUUCGGUAGUGGUAAGCACGGCUUUGAUAAUGGAGAGCCUAGCAGUGUCGAAAGUCAGCGAGGCUGAUUACCUAUCCCGCGGCUCUUCGUGGCUUGUCAAGGGCAAAACAUUCAUAGCCGUGGGCAUGGCGGCCAAUUUCGUGCAACUGUUCACCACCGUCUUCUUCGCCUAUCGACUGGCAAGGCAGAUCAAACAGCAUUACAUGAUUCACUACAAAGGCCACCCCAUCAUCUUAUAUACGCCGGCCGGAGAUCCGGUCAUCAGGGUCACGGACGAGCCGCUCGUGCUCCGCGAACUCCUCGCUAGGCGUUCAGUGGACUCCGACACGUGA